CAGCCACGGCGCGGCGAUCAGCACCAAACUCAACACAAAUAGGAAGAGACUGCGCAUUCUGUCUCCGUCUGCCUGCACGGAAAGCAAGAUCAUUUAUUUUCAUUACUUAUAAACCGGACAAAAAAAUAUGGGAUUAACCAAAAUACACGGCCUAUUGUAAGAUAGCCUGCUGUGUGUGUGAGACCCAGACAUGUCGCGCUCCUCAUGAGUAAGUAAAGCAACCAUCAUGACCCACAAUAAAGACAAACAGAAACCCUCCAGGUGGCUGGACUACGGCAGCAUCACAGGAGGACACGACUGGGAAACAUGUCCUACCUGCCAAGGCUUAGGACGAAUACCUAGAGGUGAGGAGGAUAAGCUGGUAGCAGUUAUUCCAUGCACUGACCAAAGGCUGAAGCCCAGUCGUACGAAGCUGUAUGUGUGUAUCUCGGUUGCAUUGUGUCUUCUGAUCUGUUUCCUGGUCCUGUUCUUCCUCUUCCCUCGGAGCUUGGUUGUGUCUCCUGUAAAUCUUCAGUCGUCCUUCGUCUAUUUCACUUCCAAAAGUGUUCAAAUGAUAAUCACGAACAAACUAAACAUCAGCAAUCAAAACUUUGUCAGCACUGAGACUCAUGAUCUGGAUCUACAAGUCCUGAUUAUUGACGUUGUAGUUGGUAGGACCAAGAUCUCAAAUGUGACCACUGUUCCCCCACGCUCACAGAGAACAUUUACUGUUGUGACUAAUGUCACCAUUGAUGAGCCAGGUCUGGUUUAUUACUGUCAGACAGGUGUCUUCCGGCCCCACACCUUGUAUGUACAUUUGCAAAUGACUGUAAAAGCCUACUACCUGUCACAUGAAGAGCAGCUGUCAUUAGAUACUUUUCAGUACAUAGAUUGUGGAAGAAACACUACGAUUCCUCAUCCUUUUCCAUAACUUGCCUGACAUCCUGGAUUUGAAAAAUACGCAAUUGCCAAAGCUGAUCUUAAAGGAAAACAGUUACUUGCUAUUAAAACUCGCUAUUAAUUGGUGUUUAGUUUGUUAAAGUAUAAAAUACAUGUGUAUUUUUCUAAAUGUUUUAUGACAAGAGUAGUAUAUUUUACUGCAGAUGGCUUGAUUUAACAUUAAUUCAAUGGUCGAUUGCAGGAUUUGCACAUUGAGAUUAUUUGAAAUUAAAAAUGUAUGUUGACUUUGAUUUGCACUUGGAAAUAAAGUAAUAAAAUUUUGUAAAUAGUUCUUACAUAGUGCAGAACAGACAAAAUAAUGGCAAAUGCAUUGAAAUUAAUAAGACGUAUUUAUCUUUAUUAUUUUGAUCAAUAUUAGUCAUAAACUCAAAGUGGUCAGUGGUUUGUGGUCUUUUCUUUUCUGCAUGUUACUGCAAAUGCAUGGGGCCCUGGAACAGCAGUGAGAUUGGUCCUCCACAUCACCACUGUUGGGAAUACUGUGUGGACUAAACAAACAAAACAUCCAGCAUUUAUAAGAAUAUUGGCAUACUUUUGAGAGUUAUGAGAAACCUUCUGAAGAUGUAAAUAAUUAAAUGCAUUACUUAAUUAAAUUACAGUUUAUAAACUCCAACAAUUAAUAAUGUUUUAUAUAGCACAUAAUAGACCAAUUACUAAUAAACUUACUCUAAUUCUGUCAUCACAAUCUUCCUAAAAAAACAGCAUAAAACAAGUGAUUAUAAAUCUCACCGUGUAUCUGUUUUCAAUCUUGGUGUUAUAUUGCUCUCUUACUGGAUGACAAUUGCAGAUGAUCCUUCUAUCAGCCACUAGGGGUUCCAAAAAAUAAAUAAAGGGGGUUAAUGCAAACUGUGUUAAAACUUUCAUAAUAGCAUAAUAUUUUAAAUGCAAACAAGUAUUCAUGCUCUCAGUUCCCUGAGCAGGUAAUACUGCUUUUAACUACAGCAAGGUCCACUUAGCAAAGGACUAACACGGCUUAUUGUCCUUAGCACAAAUUGUGAUCUGUUUAUCUGUCUGCAUUAUGUUUGAAAAUUAUUCACUAGUUCUAAGCAUAACUAAAAAAUAACAUUACAGAAGAAUAUGCGCAUGCCUGUAUAGAAACCACAAUAUCACAAAAUUGACCAGUUUUCAGAUGUUAUAUCAGAUGUUUAUUAUAUAUAAAAACCUAUGCUGGGUUUUGCAUGAAAAUAGCAAGGGGAUAAGUGUGACAAUGUUUCCAGAAGAGACGAAAUUCUCCAGCAUGCUCAGUAUAACCUACCAACUGUUUUACUAACAGUACUACAGUACAGUACAAAAUAAAUGGCAUAAACAAAAAUAUCUUUAAAAAAACUUCUAUAAAGAGCACUAAAGAGUAAUAAACAGUCAACAUUUGGUGUGAAAACAAUAAACAGAAAAACAAUCAACCUUUGAUUGGUCAGCACUAUAUUUACCUUUGGUGGAAAACAAUGAACGAUUUUCCAAUCAUAUUAGGCUACUAUCAUAACGUUGACGAACUGUGAUCUGUCAACUCUGUGCCAGGGGAAGCCAGAAAUCUUUUGGCUUCCAACCAAUCAAAUCAUAAGAACAUAUCAACAUUGCUAUUGUGUUCUGAUAUUGCAGUUAGCAUGUUGGAAGGUACAGUUAUGGAGGAUGGUGGUUCGAAAUGUAUUUGUUAUUAUAAAUAAAACAACAUUUUAACCUAGCACUAGAAAAGCCAAAUGGCAGGCUGCCAAAACUAGAACUGCAGAUGAAGUGGGAAAAGGGGGAUUUUCAUUGAUGUCAACUGUAAGCACUAAACUUCAGCUGCUGCUUGUAUGUUUGUGUUGUUAUGAUGAUUAUAGACUGGGUUUAGGUUAGUAGAGUUGCGGUUGUAUAGAAAAUUGACACCAUGUUAAGAGUGAACAUUUGGCCUCACUUUGAAUGAUGAGGAUGCUGUUCCAGGGCCCUGUGUAUUUGCAGUAACAUGCAGAAAGGAAACAUAUUUGUGUAUAUCGGAUUCAUACAAUCGAUUUAAACAAUUGAGUUUGUAACCUAUAACCUGCUGAUUAUUUUUAAUAUGAAUGCAAAUUUAACAUUCUGACUACAAACAACAGCUCGAAAUAUCACUUACAGUAUUGCAAGUGUUUUACUCAUCUAUAUAAAUAAAGGAAAGGUUUUGUCCGUGC